AUGAAACAACACACUGAAUUUCAAACUGUCCUCAUGUUGUUGAAGGACGCGUGUGUUUAACGUUUGCUAGUUGGCUAGCAUUAGGGCAGAGCCAGCGGUAGUAAGCAGUCAGCACAAGUAGCGGAGAUGAAUUGCUGGAUGUUUGAAUAACAUGUAAGUGAUGUCGUCUGUUAAACUAAUGCUCGUCUAAAAAUAAUAAUACAAAAUUAAGAUGACGGAAACGAUAGCGUCAACGCGGAGAGGAUUUCUGGACUUCAGUCCGGUGAGGAGAGAAGACGGCAACAAGGAGAAUGACGUUCCGACGCUGAGUUUGAUCCAGUUUUCAAAGGCUCCUUUUGUGACAUUUGGAACCGUGAAGUUGGGAACUUCCAAGUCGGCUGUUUUGCUGAUUGAGAACCCAACAGAGGAGGUGGACGCGGAGGUUACUGUUGAGAAGAUCCCCUCGAGUAAAGGCUUUUCUGUGGACCACAGCACGUUCACCAUCCAGCCUGAGGGUUCUUUCAGUCUGACGGUGACCUGGACUCCAACAGAAGAAGGGGGAAUUAGAGAGCUCAUCAUCUUUAAUGCCAAUGGCGUCCUCAAGCACCAGGCUGUCAUGCUGGGGAGAGCAGAGGCACCGAAAAAGAAAAAGAAAAGCUUAUGGGACACAAUCAAAAACAAAAGGGAGGGUGAAAGAGUUGCUGCACCAAGGAGGAUCAAAACGGAUCAACCGCUGAAGAUGGCAGCCAACAAAACCUUCCAAGUGUCCCGAAAGCAGCAGUACAACCGGGAGAAGGCUCGCAGUCCGCUUGCUUCUCUCAAUGAGGGCAAAACUGUCAGAGAGAGGUCCCUCACCAAGCGCAGUGCCACUGACGAUUUCCCUCCGACGACAGAGGAGCAGAGGAACUUGAUCUCCACCCAGUGCACACUGUCUCUGGCCUGGUCGGAGCAGGAGAAUGUCCACCAUGUUCAGAAGAAUUCUCCUCUUGUUCUACUCGUCCCCGCUGGAAAGCCGACAGACUCUGGCAACGUGUCCGGCAGCCCAGAUGCUUCUGCGACCAGACCUGAAAACGUGAAUCUUACCAAAGUGCUCAACAGGACGCUGUCGCCCAUCGGGACACCAGAGAGAUUUAAGAAGCUCAUGCCUCACAUUCAGUCAGAUAGCCCACUUUCUGCAGCUGUAAAGUCUGCAGCCGUCGCUGAUGGUGCCGACAGUGUGUUACCAGGAACCCCACUUCUAUCUUUGAAGGAUGCACUGGCCAUCAUUGACUCUGAUCUGUCCCAUAUUACCACCAGUCCUGGAGACACUAGUUCAAGCUGUGGCUUUUCAGAUUCACUGGAAUCCAAGAGUGGGAAUCAUGGCUGUGGACCUGAGGGAAACGCCCUCAAAGCUUUUCCUGUCAGCCCACAGGGACCCGACCCCAAUGAGCCCAGACUUACCUUCUUUGUCAGCAAAACGGCUGUCGAUUCAGAGUCCGAUAAGGCGACGGUGAGGGUAAAAAAGCCCUCGUUUACAUCUGCCACGGUGACCAAGACCAAAGCACCAGUGGAGGUAAAGUGUUUGAGCGGAAGGAAAAUGAAGAAGUCAAGGCGGAGGCUGUUGGAUAGAACGCUCGAGCUGUCUGAUGGCAGCAGUCAGUGUGAGUCUGCUCCGGGCACUCCAGUCCUUCCUGUUAUAGACCCAGACACACCAACCAAGGCCAACUCCCUUUGCGGGGAUGGACAUCAAGUCCAGGAGUUUGUCUCCUCCAGCCCGGCAGCUCCACGACUCGGCGGCUCACCUACACCCGUCACCUUCCCUGUCACCUCCCCUCCACCCGUGGCUUCUGGUCGCUUCUCUUUCCCAGCCACUCCCUCACCUCCCGCAGCUGCUGCUCCCAUCCCUUUUGCGAUCACCUGUCUGUCACCCGUGGGCUCGUCUUCUCUUCGCCUCAGCCUCACAUCAGAACCAAAUAUGUGGGAGCUGCCUUCAGCUGUGUCAGCACCGCUGUCCCCUCAACAAGACUCGUUCCCUAUUCAAAUGGCGGUGAAGAGCAAGAAGAGGAAGAGUGAGGAGUAUUUGAAAAGUGACGGGAAGGUUGAUGUAGCGGGGAAGACGGAGCGUGUCAAAAGGAGCAGGGUGGUUGCUGGAAAAACCGAGGCGUCAAGAUCAGUCCAGGAGAGGAGAAGUGCAUCACAGAGGCAACCGACGAGAGCAGCAGGCUCGGUGCGCUCCAUGGCUACAUCAUCAGUAAAGACGGCGCGGUCUGUGGUUCCUGCCCAGGCAAAGCAAUCGAGCUCCAAACUCACCUCUCGAGGUGCCCAGUCUCUUAAGUCAUCAGGUGCUUCAUCUGUGAAGGCGGCAAAAAUUGUCGCUGUAGCGCAGUCAAAGCUGACCUUUGUCAAACCAGUGCAAACAGCCAUACCGAGACACCCGAUGCCGUUCGCUGCAAAGAACAUGUUCUAUGAUGAGAGGUGGAUUGAGAAGCUGGAGCGGGGAUUCACAUGGUGGAUCAACCACGUCCUCACCCCGGAUGAAUUUAAAGUGAACACAGAAGUCGCUAAAGUGAAUGCUGUGUCCAUCGUCCUGGGCAGCGAUGACAAGUUCAAUGUGCCCAAAGCUCCCACCAAAGAGGAAAUGUCUUUCAGCACCUACACGGCUCGACGGAAGCUAAACCGCCUGCGCCGCUCCGCCUGCCAGCUGUUCACAUCUGAUGCCAUGGUCAAGGCUAUUCAGAGGCUCGAACUGGAGGUGGAGGCCAAGAGGCUGCUCGUGCGAAAAGACCGCCAUCUUUGGAAAGACAUAGGUGAACGUCGAAAAGUCCUCAACUGGCUUCUUUCAUACAAUCCGCUGUGGUUACGGAUUGGGCUUGAGACAAUCUACGGGGAGAUGAUCUCACUGGAGAGCAACAGUGACGCUGUGGGUCUGGCUAUGUUCAUCCUGCAGCGGCUGCUCUGGAACCCAGACAUCGCCGCUGAGUACAGACACGCCAAAGUGCCUAACCUUUACAAAGACGGCCACGAGGAGGCGCUGUCUCGCUUCACUCUGAAGAAGCUGCUCCUGCUGGUGUGUUUCCUGGACAAAGCCAAAGAGUCUCGGCUGAUCGAGCACAACCCCUGUCUGUUCUGCUUGGAUGCAGAGUUCAAGACAAGUAAAGACCUGCUCCUGGCCUUCUCCAGGGACUUCCUGAGCGGAGAGGGGAUCCUCCCCCGGCACCUCGGAUAUCUCGGGUUACCCGUCUCUCACGUGCAGACGCCCCUUGAUGAGUUCAACUUCGCUGUGAAGAAUUUGGCAGUUGACUUGAAGUGCGGCAUUCGUCUAGUCCGUGUGAUGGAGCUCCUCAUCCAGGAUUGGAGUUUGUCGGCCAAGCUCCGCCUGCCAGCCAUCAGCCGCCUGCAAAAGGUCCACAACGUUGACAUCGCUUUGCAAGUGCUCAAAAGCAAAGGAGUCGACCUCAAAGACGAACGCGGCUCUGUCAUUGAUUCCAGAGACAUAGUGGAUGGACACAGAGAGAAGACCCUGAGCCUCUUAUGGAAAAUCAUCUUUGCCUUUCACCUGGAGGUGAUUUUGGACGGGGAUCAGCUGAGAGAGGAAAUUGGCUUUCUGAAGAGAACCAUAAGCACCAAGCGGCGGUUGGCGUCGCUGAGGGCGGAUCGGGGCCUUCAGCCAAGUCCUGCAAAGACCAGGGUGCCAUAUGAACACAGCAGCACCAAGAUCACCCUGCUGAUGGACUGGGUCCGAGCUGUGUGUGACUUCUACAAUCUGAAGGUGGAGAACUUCACUGUGGCCUUCUCGGAUGGCCGUGUCCUGUGCUACCUUAUCCACCACUACCACCCUGGUCUCCUGCCAGAGGAGGCUGUCAGUCAUGGCACCACUCAGACUGUGGAGUGCUCGCCGAGGGGCCGCCUGGAGCUCAACUGCUCAGCCAGCGACUCUGACAGCUCCUUUGACACUUUGCCAACAGGCCUGAAUGGGCCAGAUUCUCCAUCAGUGGAAUUUAAAGUGCUACUGGAGAAUGAGAAGAACAACUUCAGGCUGGUCAACACGGCUGUGUCUUUCCUGGGCGGAGUUCCUGCCAUGAUCAACCCGGCCGACAUGUCCAACACCAUCCCCAAUGAGAAGGUUGUGAUGUCAUACCUGUCCUUCCUGUGUGCUCGUCUUCUGGACCUACGUAAUGAAACCAGAGCAGCUCGGGUCAUACAGGGCGCCUGGAGGAAAUACAGACUAAAGAAAGAUCUACAGCUCUACAAGGAAAGAAACAUGGCUGCUGGGAAAAUCCAGUUAGUUGUGAGGAGCUUUCUCCAGAGGCGCAGAGCUAAGAGAUGGAAUCAAGCUGCCGUCACCAUCCAGACGGUAUGGAGAGGUUACGCAGCCCGCAACAGGCUGAGGCUGAAAAAAGAGGCUCAGCUUAGGGCUCAGCAGCACGAGGCUGCCACUGUCAUCCAGGCUCAGUGGAGGAUGUUUUCAAGCAUGAGAACUUACCAACGGCUCAGAUACUACGCCAUUGUAGUCCAAGCACAGUGGCGAAUGAGGAGGGCGGCCUCUGCCUAUGGAAGAAUGUACUGGGCGGCAACCGUCAUUCAGAAGCACUUGCGAGCCAGGGCUCUUGCAAGAAGAGACCGGGAGCAUUACCUCUCCCUUAGAGCUGCAGUGGUGAAAAUACAAAGAGGGUUCAGAAGAUGGAAAACCCAGAAAAUGGAGAGGGAAAACAGUGCUGCCAAAGUGAUACAAGCUGUGUUUAGGAAAUGGCAUGAGGCAAAAAUGGCUGAUAAAACUGCGGCUGCUUUAAGGAUUCAGUCCUGGUAUAGAAUGCAGCGGUGCCUCCAUCAGUACAGAAAGAUCAAAACAAGUGCUGUGCUUAUUCAAGCACAAUACAGAGGUCAUGCACAGAGGCGCUGCUUUCGGAUGUCGAAGCUACAGAACCACUCGGCUGUUGCCAUUCAGAGAGCCUUCAGAGGGCAUGCCGUCAGAAAACAGGUGGAAAAGAUGAGAUGUGCUGCCGUCAUAAUCCAGCGUUGGUUCAGGGCAUCUCUGCAAAGAGACAUUGAAAGGCAAAUGUUCUUGAGGACAAGAUGUGCUGCUGUUACCAUACAGGCAGCUUAUCGCGGAAAAGUGGCCCGGAAAUCCCUGGAGACACGGCGCAAGGCAGCCACGGUGAUCCAGGCAGCAUUUAGGAAGCGUGCUGCCCGGAGGCGCUACCUUCUCUUGAGAAAGGCUGCCGCUGUGAUUCAGCACAAGUACAGAGCCACGAUUUUGGCUCGUGAGACAAAGAAGGAUUAUGAUGCUCUUAGGAAUGCUGCGCUCAUUCUACAAGCCAUCUGGAGAGGCAGAGCUGACAGGAAGAGGAUAGAGAAGUGGCAUCAGUGUGCAGCCCUGAUACAGGCUUACUACCGCCGGCACAAAGCACAAGGAGAGUACAGGUUAAAGAAGGCAGCUGCAAGAGUCAUACAGCAUCACUACAGAUCUUAUGUGAUCGCAAAGGAGAAGAGGGCAGCAUACCUGCACAUGAGAAAAGCCUGCGUUACUCUCCAAGCUGGAUUCAGAGGCAUGACGGUUAGGACAGAGCUAAAGAAAAAACACUGUGCAGCAACUAUCAUCCAGUCUACAGUUAGGAUGUUUUUAUGUAGGAAAAGAUAUUUUCUCCUACAAAGUGCUGUGAUUGUUAUCCAGAGCCGAUACAGAGCCCUUGUGGUCGGCAGGGCACAACAAAAUGAAUACAAUAGGCUAAAGCUGGCUGUCAUAAAGAUGCAAGCUGUCUACCGAGGGUUUAGAGCGAGAGAGGACCUGAAGAAGAAGCACAGUGCUGCCAGAGCAAUCCAAGCUCAGUUCAGGAUGCACAGAAUACGUAUGGCUUAUCUUGCCACCAAAUGUGCCGCCAUCAUUAUUCAGGAGCGCUACAGGGCCAAAAUGCUCAGGGAUCAACAGAUGCAGCAGUACAGGACAAUGAAAUCUGCAGCUGUUUAUAUCCAGGCAGCAUAUCGUGGCCACAGGGCCAGGAGGAAGAUUGCAGAGAUGCACCAAGCUGCCACAGUCAUUCAGAGAAAGUUUCUCACCUUUCAGGAGAGGAAGGGGUUCCUAGCCAUCAAGGCAGCAGCUUUGGUUUGUCAGCAGCGGUACAGACAAGCCUUCCUGGCAAGAAAAGACCGUUUGGACUAUCUGUCAAAGCGCAGGGCAGUCAUUUGCCUGCAGGCAGCCUACAGAGGAUAUGAGGUCAGAAAGCAGUUGCAUAUCCAACAUGCAGCAGCAGUAAAAAUUCAGGCUCACUUCCGAAUGUACCGGCAGAGAACCUACUACAAGAAGCUCAGCUGGGCUGCCAGUGUAUUGCAAACAUGCUACAGAGCUAACAAGAAGAUGAGAGAGGAGAUGCAUGCCCUGAGUGCCAAGAGGAAAGCUGCUGUUGUGCUACAGGCUGCGUAUCGUGGAAUGAAAUCCAGAAGAAUCGUCAGACAAAGUCAUCAGGCUGCCAGUGUGAUCCAGAGAGCUUACAGAGCACACUGUGAACACAAGCAGUAUCUCGCCUUGAAAUCCUCCGUCCUCACCAUCCAGCGGAGGUAUCGGGCCACUGUAGCGGCAAAAGAACAAAUGCAAGAAUACCAAAAGCUGCGCAGAGCUGCAGUCAUCCUUCAGACAGCAUACAGAGGGCAGCAGGUCAGAAAGGAAGUUGCUCGAUGGCAUCAAGCUGCCACAGUGAUCCAGUCUGCAUUCAGAGGGCACAGAGAGGAAGUGAAAUUCCAGGCCAUGCGUCUGUCUGCCAUCAUCAUCCAGAGACACUAUCGCUCCUGUGUUCUUCAGAGGCAAGAAAGGGAGAAGUUCCUGAGAGUGAGACACUCUGCCAUCAUUCUUCAAGCAGCUUUCAGAGGUCAUCAUGUGAGGACCAACCUUGCAAAGAUGCACAGGGCAGCUACUGUCAUACAAGCAGUCUUCAAGAGGUAUAAGCAACAGUCAGCCUUCAGGAAACAACAAUGGGCAGCAUGUGUCUUACAGCAGAGGUUUAGAGCUCAGAGACGGAGAAAUAUUGAGAUAAAACGAUACCAACAGUGCAGAAAAGCUGCUGUUGUGCUACAGGCUGCGUAUCGUGGAAUGAAAUCCAGAAGAAUCGUCAGACAAAGUCAUCAGGCUGCCAGUGUGAUCCAGAGAGCUUACAGAGCACACUGUGAACACAAGCAGUAUCUCGCCUUGAAAUCCUCCGUCCUCACCAUCCAGCGGAGGUAUCGAGCCACUGUAGCGGCAAAAGAACAAAUGCAAGAAUACCAAAAGCUGCGCAGAGCUGCAGUCAUCCUUCAGACAGCAUACAGAGGGCAGCAGGUCAGAAAGGAAGUUGCUCGUCAACAUCAAGCCGCCACAGUGAUCCAGUCUGCAUUCAGAGGACACAGAGAGGAAGUGAAAUUCCAGGCCAUGCGUCUGUCUGCCAUCAUCAUCCAGAGACACUAUCGCUCCUGUGUUCUUCAGAGGCAAGAAAGGGAGAAGUUCCUGAAAAUGAAACAAUCCACCGUCCUCCUCCAGGCAGCGUUCAGAGGUCAUCAUGUGAGGACAAACAUCACCAAAAUGCACAGGGCAGCUACUGUCAUACAAGCAGUCUUCAAGAGGUAUAAGCAACAAUCAGCCUUCAGGAAACAACAAUGGGCAGCAUGUGUCUUACAGCAGAGGUUUAGAGCUCAGAGACAGAGAAAUAUUGAGAUAAAACGAUACCAACAGUGCAGAAAAGCUGCUGUUGUGCUACAGGCUGCGUAUCGUGGAAUGAAAUCCAGAAGAAUCGUCAGACAAAGUCAUCAGGCUGCCAGUGUGAUCCAGAGAGCUUACAGAGCACACUGUGAACACAAGCAGUAUCUCGCCUUGAAAUCCUCCGUCCUCACCAUCCAGCGGAGGUAUCGAGCCACUGUAGCGGCAAAAGAACAAAUGCAAGAAUACCAAAAGCUGCGCAGAGCUGCAGUCAUCCUUCAGACAGCAUACAGAGGGCAGCAGGUCAGAAAGGAAGUUGCUCGAUGGCAUCAAGCUGCCACAGUGAUCCAGUCUGCAUUCAGAGGACACAGAGAGGAAGUGAAAUUCCAGGCCAUGCGUCUGUCUGCCAUCAUCAUCCAGAGACACUAUCGCUCCUGUGUUCUUCAGAGGCAAGAAAGGGAGAAGUUCCUGAGAGUGAGACACUCUGCCAUCAUUCUUCAGGCAGCGUUCAGAGGUCAUCAUGUGAGGACCAAUCUUGCAAAGAUGCACAGGGCAGCUACUGUCAUACAAGCAGUCUUCAAGAGGUAUAAGCAACAAUCAGCCUUCAGGAAACAACAAUGGGCAGCAUGUGUCUUACAGCAGAGGUUUAGAGCUCAGAGACAGAGAAAUGUUGAGAAACAACAAUAUAAAGGGGUUAGGAAAGCUGUCAUUAAUCUACAGGCUGCAUAUCGUGGAAUGAAAUCCAGAAGAAUCGUCAGACAAAGUCAUCAGGCUGCCAGUGUGAUCCAGAGAGCUUACAGAGCACACUGUGAACACAAGCGGUAUCUGAAAUUGAAAUCAUCCAUCCGUACCAUUCAGCAAAGGUAUCGUGCUAAUGUUGCAGCUAAAGACCAAAGAAAACAUUACCUGGAAAUGCGCAGUGCAGCCGUCAGGAUUCAGACAGCAUACAGAGGGCAGCAGGUCAGAAAGGAAGUUGCUCGAUGGCAUCAAGCUGCCACAGUGAUCCAGUCUGCAUUCAGAGGACACAGAGAGGAAGUGAAAUUCCAGGCCAUGCGUCUGUCUGCCAUCAUCAUCCAGAGACACUAUCGCUCCUGUGUUCUUCAGAGGCAAGAAAGGGAGAAGUUCCUGAAAAUGAAACAAUCCACCGUCCUCCUCCAGGCAGCGUUCAGAGGCUGGUGUGUCAGGAGGGACGUUAGCCGACAAAAUCACGCUGCCACUGUGAUCCAGUCGCGAUGGAGAUGCUCAGCACAUAGGCGUGUCUUCCAAAAGAAGAGGGCGGCAGCCGUGAAGCUUCAGCGGAGGGUUCGGGCAGCGCAGCUGAGCAGGUUGGAGAGGAACAACUUCACCCAGAUGAGGCAGGCGGCUGUCACGCUUCAGAGGCACUGCCGAGCAUGGAUUGCAAGACGACAGAUACUAGAGGCAGCCAAAGCAGAGAGGAGGCUCCGUUUUACGUCGGCAGUCUACCACCAUCUCAGUGCCAUAAAGAUCCAAAGAGCGCUAAGAGCCCACUGGGCUUUGGAGUCGGCCAAAAGACAGAUCCAUUCUGUCAUCACCAUACAGCGAUGGGUGAGAGCGAGGCAGCAGAGGAGACGGUAUCUGGAGGACAGGAGGAAGGUGGUUAUAGCCCAGCGAGCAGGCAAGCGCUGGUUAGCCCGUCGCCACAAGGCUGCGACUGUCAUCCAGCAGACCGUCCGGGAAUUCCUCCAACGCAGGCGCCAGGAGAGAGUUCAAAGGGGAAUUGUCAAAGCUCAGGCUCUGUGGAGAGGACAUCGCUCCCGCCGACUGAACGACAAUCCCAAGGUGUUGAAGCUGAGACACCGCUUACGAAAGGUCUCAGCUGAGGUCCGGGAGGAGGACAAACUGUGCAACAAGACGUCGUCUGCCCUGGACUACCUCCUUCGAUACAAACACUUCUCCUACAUUCUGGAGGCCCUGAAAAACCUUGAGACCGCCACCAGGCUGUCCCCAGAGUGCUGCGAGCGCCUGGUAGAGAGCGGAGCCACCAACGUCAUCUUUACACUCAUCCGCUGCUGCAACCGGAGCGUCCCCUGCAUGGACGUCAUCACCUACUCCAUCCAGAUCCUCCUCAACCUGUCCAAGUACCACAAGACGAUCGAUGCGGUGUAUCUGGUGGAAAACUCUGUGGAAACGUUGCUGGACCUGCUGCAGAGAUAUCGGGAGAAGGCAGGGGAUAAAGUGGCAGAAAAGGGCGGCAGCAUCUUCACCAAGGCCUGCUUCCUUCUUGCGCUGCUCCUGCAAGACAAGCACCGUGCUGUGGAGGUUAUGAAGCUACCCAAGGUCUUGGAUAGGAUCCGCAGUAUUUACCGGCUCACCGCUCGCAAACACAAGAUGGACGCAGAAAGAACUGUGAUCAAACAGAAGAUGAACGCGUCGAUCAACGGGAGCUUCUUCGUUCAAGCUACGCCUCGCAAAACCCGCCCCGUGCCAAAGUUUGCACCGGACUGGGUUCUCAGAAAGGACAAGCUAAAAGAUAUUGUGGACCCUCUCAGGGCGAUUCAAAUGGUGGCAAACACACUCUCCAUUGUGUUGUAAAUAGACCCGCUUUUUAUUUGUCAUCUCAUCUUUCUGCUUCAGAAAGUAUUCUUUUAUGUAUUGUUUAAAGUCGUUCUUUUUUUUUUUUACCUGUGCAUUUCCAUUUUGUCAUGUUGUGUAUAUAUUAAAAUGGAUUUGUUUCUUUAACAUG